CAGUUCAGUCAUCAUGUUUUCUGAUUUCUGACCGAUUUUCCAUAGCCAUGUACCGCCAUUUUCGCCUCUAAAAAGCUGCAUUUCCCCCUUUUUCAGAUACCCACUUUGUUUCUAGUCGUUCCACCAGCUUCAGUGCUCUCUGUUUCAGUUUACAAAACCCUAACCAUUUUAUUUCAUUUUGUCUUCUCCUUGUUCUUCAAGGUAUCUGCUGUGAUGGGUUUUGAACAUAGCUAUGUUAAGGCAUUGCUGGAUUACUUUGUUGAUCCAAUGUUACCUAUCAAGGCUUCUACUACCGAAGCUCCUCUUUAUAAACAGAAGCUAGUGGCGAAGCAGGUUCAUGAUGUGGUGUUGCUCUACAAUUACUAUCUCCUGAAACAAUGCGCUGGAAUCAAGUUCCUGGGUUUUCAGGAGUUUUCUGAGAUAGCAACUAGUCUGAAGCCAACACUAGUAAUGGCACAUAUGAAGCUCAUGCAAGUGUCUGACAAUGCUGAUUAUUAUGAUCAUGAAGCUAAUGUUUCAGUAACAGAGAAAGCGAUCAUGGAUGCCUGCGAUUUAUGUAUUUAUCUUGAUGCUUCCAAAGAAAUGCCAAAUAUUGAGGGAUGGCCAGUUUCCAGUGUUGUUGUUCUGUUAACUGACUCUCAGAAACAGAACUGCUUUUUGCAGUUCAAUUCAACUACACAAGGUGUGUGGUCACUAAUUGAGAAAAGUCUAGACGACCUUCCUGAUGACUUUGAUGGGAAAAUGGAGAGCAAGCAUGUGAACAAAAAGCAAAAGAAAAUGAAAAAAACAGCAACAGAUGCAUCAAAUGUUGAUGAAGCCAUUUGUUACCAACUUGCUCUUUAUGCUGUCAAGGAAAUAGCAGGUAUUAAUCCCAGUGAUCUUGUGGUGUUGGAAAGCCAUGUUGUUUACUCUUUGAGUAAAGCAAAAAAAGCUGUUCGAUUCUAUAUUAUGCAAACUAAGCAACCACUGAGAGAGGAUUCUCAAAUUCCUAUCCAACAAAUUCUUGACAGCAUACAAGGCCCUUUGAUUAGAAAGAGUUCUAUGUGGGAAGUCACUCCAGUUGUUGAGUACUUUCAUGUGCUUCCUUAUGCUGACAUUCUGGCGGAGUGGUUUUCAAGGGACGAGAUGCAAGAUCUAAAUAUGGAUGUUGGCAGCCCAAGGGGAAUGGAUGUUGGCAGUCCAAGGGAAACAGAUGUAUUAUGUGAUAAAGAACCAGUUGAAGUUAGAGAUGAACCCAUUAAAAGAUCAACUGAAAUGAAUAUUGUUAGCAAUCUGAAGAUCAGAUCUAGUACUGCUACACUACAACAAAAAGAUAACGAAUCAUUCAGCAUAUUAUCUAAUUCUUCAUCUGGCCCACAAAAGUAUUCUUCUGCAGUGGUUCAUCGUAAUGAAAAGUUGAGUAAGGAAAAGAACAAGGUGGCACCUAUGAAGACUGUUUUGAGGGCCUCUAUUGCUGAGUCUGGAAAGGAAAAGUUGGGUGCUGAUACCCGCGUAACAUUGUCUAAUCGGAUGGAUGUGAUUGAAGUGUCUCCUGUCACGCUGGAUUCAAAGAAGACCUUUUCACGAUCUGCUCUUGCAGUUGUCUUUAAAGAAAGAUCUAGAUUGUGCUCUCAACGGCAAGCUGUAGAAGAGGAAAUAUUUGCAUGUGACAAAAAAAUCCAGGAAAUUUUAGAUGUACUAUCUGGCAGUGUGGAGAACUUGGCCACUAUGGUAAAGGCCUUUGUAGAACCUUGUAUUGAUGAUGAUGCAUACCUUGAAGAACAAACUGAUCUGCAAGAUGCCUCAAACAAAUCCAACGGAAAAAUAUCGUCUGAAACUGUCCUCUGUUUGACGAAUUCAUGUCAGCAUCUGGAUGAUAUGUGCCAUGAGAACAACUGGACCUUACCAACAUAUAAUAUAAAGACAUCAGCUUGCGGGUUCACAGCCCAUGUUAAUGUCAAAGGGACGGGUUUCAACUUCACAGUUAAAGGCGAUGCUCAACCAAGCUCACCUUUAGCAAGGGGAUCAGCUGCCAAAUAUGUGCUUGCUAAUUUACUGGAUGAGGCAAGCAAAAAUCAGUAGUUAAUGGCUUUAAUCGGAAAAACAUCAUUUUGUCAGAUUGUUCAUCCUGUCAUUUUGUCGGAUUUGUAUUCAAAUGGGAUCUCAUUUGAAACGGGAUGCAUAUGAACUUAGUAUAACUCAUAUUUUUGAACUUGUAUUGUCAUUUCUCUAUUAGAUCCGGAUUUAGAAACAGAAAUGUUUCCAUAUAGGCCAAUGUCAACUGCUAUGACUAUGACUAGGCCAUUAACUUGGGAACUAUUAUUAUCAUAUAUCAAUCUGGCAUGGGAUUUUG